AACGAAGUGGUAUAAGAAGAAGUCGGCGAUGUGACUUUAAAGGUUGGAAGCUGCCUUUUUGGGAAUUCAUGGCCUGUGCUUCAGCAUCUGAGUUCGCAAACAUCAAGAGUAGGUAAAUCGUCGGUAGCCCGCCCUCGACAGCCACAUCAUCAAUACACAGCCAAAGCGCCCGAGCCAAUCGACCAGUUCUAGACUCGACGUGAGACCGGGUGGCAAGUCUUUGGGCCCUAUAUCGAUGCACGACCUUUGAGUAUACGACAGCAACCGGUGCUCACUCGCUCAAACACGGGUUGUAGCCGCUUACGGAGUUAUAAUCAAAGUGCUUGAUCAGGGGCGACCAGUGUUCAAGUACUGCCGUUUGGUACGACUCAUAGCUUGACCCUCGCGUUCCGCGAUGGGACCAAUUUUUGCUUCGCCGGAUAUUGCGGCGCUCGUAGCAGCCUUCCCACCUCCUCAACCGACUCAACAGAUGCCUGGCCUUGUACUGGAUCUCACGGGAAGCGGCUUUAGGGACUCGCGCAGGAUCCACUUCCAGCUUCGGCACCUACUAGAGACCAGCCCAGCCCGCAUCAAGCUGCGCGAAUUACCCUCUAGACUGGACGUAGCCAAAGUGGACUGGAUGCUUUCAUACUAUGAGGAUACGCUGUUGGCAAGCAAAGAUGGCCAGUCACUGAUUGGGCGACAAGAAGCGUCCCGUAUCCUCGAUGAGCUGGUAGCGCGUACAGCAGAGCAUCCAGUCGAAAUACCAAAAUACCUUGCUGAAACAGACAUGUCAUUGCCUUCCUUCACCCAGAUCGUUGACGAGUACAAUGAUCGAUCAAUCUCCGACGGAGGCCAGGAUCUUCCUGCAAAGAAACUACAUGUGUGGCCCAUCUCCGAGACGAGCGGAAAACCUGGAUCAUACAUAUACAGUAAUCUCUAUGCCAUUCGAGUCGGAAAGGUGAUCAAGUGCCAAGUCACCAACGAUGCCGAUCAAGCCUUCAAUCUCAGUGACGCUUUCGCCGACACGCUACCAGCCCUGUUGCUCGACAUCGCACGGUUCUGUGUUGCGAAUGAUCAUAGCCAUCCAGGAUUGCAAGGGACCUGGCAGAUCGUCGACGGCAAGGUUUGGUACACUGUACCAAGUCCUGAGGUGGACCCGAAGCACGAGUCGCAAGUUGCAGAAGCAACGAAACUGGAAACCCUCGUUACAGAACUGCGUGAACAUCGCUUUUGCGUAGUUGCUACGUCGUUGACUGCUGAACGAUCCGACAUUCAUGACCCUCAGUGUAACGCAAACCAGGUGAAAGAGCGAGCGGAAUCUGAAUCUGGCGGCAAUCUACAUCUCGAACCGCUGCCGCUCAAUGAGCAGCAUCGAGGCACACUGCUCGUCGAAAAGCAGGCGUUGCAAGACUCAAUACGGAAGCUACGUCAUGCGAUGCUUCCAGCAAUGCGCCGUAUUGUGUGCAACCACUCUAGCCGCACCAAUCUCCGAAACCAAAUUGAACCGAAGCUACUAGAAUCUGAGACCUCCGACCCUCUGGCCUUGCUGCUACUGCAGACCAAAGUAUGGUAUGACCUUCAAGAGGAGGUGUACCAAAUAGGUAUGAGCCUUCGCCAAACAGAUCAGCAACUUCUCGCCACAAGCCUCCACACAUACUUGCUGGCGCCACUGCGAUUGUACCAGAACGGCAUCCGUAUCGUUGAAGACACCACUCUCCAGUCGCACCUUGAGGACUAUCUAGGCGACCACUUCCGCUCUGAGGUUGUUCCUGCAACCAUAACUCACAUUCAAGAGCUGGACAUGCUUGAGAAGGCUCGCAAGGAGAAGGCGGUUGUCCAGAUCCGCAAGAUGGUCUCUUCAAAAGAGAGGACGCUAUCUGUACUGUUCGACGCUGCCACGAAGUGUGCCGCUAGCCUCGACGUACCAUCACCAUCGAAUGCUGAGAUUCAGCGCAUCAAGCAUGACACCCUCCGCCAAAGGGCCACGAUCCUGCAAAAGCUCAGCCGCGGAAGUGAUGUUCUGCAGCACCUUGUGUGGAUCCUGCUGGCUAAAGAGGUCAGAGACGCACUAUUUAUGAGUGCGGGCAGAGACACGACGAGGAUGAUCAAGCUGUAUCAGACACUGGUCGGUAAGCAAGGGCAGGGGAAUGGAAAUGAAGUCAGUGCGAAUCUGGGAGCAUGGCGGGAUGCGCUAAAGUCUGGGCAAGACGAGCCGGCGAUGCUGGCGGAGGUGAAGGCGUUAGGUGCGAAAGCCGUAGCGGAGGUUGUGGGCAACGUCAACGGGGACAUGGGACAAUAGAGGCGGUUACGAGUAAUUCGCCAACGAGUGAAACUUAAGCGACGAUUGCUGUGGCUACCAUGAACGCGACUCUAACGGACGGCUCACGGAUGGAUUACCGUUGAAUUCAACCCGACUCUCUGCCUGAGCUUGAAUCAUAGGCGGUUGCGAGAUUGAGAAGACGCUGAUU